AUGACUGCUGCUCUGACUGGAGAAGCACAGCGCUAACCCCCUAGUUAGAGUUCACAGAGGACCACGGGGUUAAAAAUCACCAUAUCUCAACGUUGAAGUUUAUUUUCUCUGCUUCCUCAUCUUGCUUCUGGGUAACUCUCUUGUUAAGUUGCUACGAGGAGUCAGACGUGAAAUUCACGUUAAUUCAUUCAUCCACAACAACAAUGGCAGCACAGGAUUUUAAUUUCUUGCUAGCGACGGAUUCUUACAAGAUCACACACUACAAACAAUAUCCUCCAAAUGUCAGCAAAAUCUACUCCUACUUUGAAUGCAGGCGCAAGAAGGGCUCCCAGUUCAGUGAAGUGGUGUUCUUCGGUCUUCAGUAUCUGCUGAAGAAGUACCUCAUAGGCCAAGUGGUCACAGAGGAGAAGAUUCAGGAAGCCAAGCUCUUCUACCAAAUGCACUUCAAACAGGCUGUGUUUGAUGAAGAAAGUUGGAGGAAAAUUCUUGAGAAACACGACGGCCGUCUUCCUAUCAGGAUCAAAGCUGUCCCUGAGGGUAGGAUUAUACCGCGAGGCAACGUGCUCUUCACUGUGGAAAACACAGAUCCCAGCUUUUACUGGCUCACCAACUAUAUUGAGACGAUGCUGGUCCAGAUGUGGUAUCCCAUCACAGUAGCGACCAUAUCCAGGGAGUUUAAGAAGAUCCUGGCCAAGCACCUAAAGGCCACCUCCGGGAGCCUGGAAGGUCUGGACCUGAAACUGCACGACUUUGGCUACAGAGGAGUCUCGUCACAGGAGUCUGCAGCAUUAGGUGGAGCAGCUCACCUGGUUAAUUUCUGCAGUACAGACACCGUAGCAGGGCUGCUGAUGGCUCAGCGAUACUAUGGUUGCCCCAUGGCUGGUUUCUCCAUUCCAGCAGCAGAGCACAGCACCAUAAUCUCCUGGGGAAGAAGCAAGGAGAAGGAGGCAUUUGAGCGAGUCCUUGACCAGUUCUCCUCAGGGCCAGUGUCGGUGGUCAGUGACAGCUAUGACAUCUUCAACGCCUGUAAACACAUCUGGGGAGACAAGCUGAAGGAGCGAGUGAUGGAGCGCGGCCAGGAUUCAUGUCUGGUAAUCAGGCCAGACUCUGGAGACCCUGCAGAGACUCUUAUCGAGGUCCUGAAGAUCUUGGAGGAGUGUUUUGGCAGUUCUCUGAACUCUGUGGGAUACAAGGUUCUGCCUUCUUACCUGCGAAUUAUUCAAGGAGACGGCAUUGACCUGAGCUCAGUGGAUGAGAUUCUUGAGAAGCUGAGCGAUGAGGGCUGGAGUGCUGAGAACAUCUUCUUUGGUUGUGGCAGCGCUUUGCUUCAGAAACUCAACAGAGAUACACUCAGUUGUGCCUUCAAAUGCAGCUACGUGGAGACUAACGGCAAGGGGAUGGACGUGUACAAGCAGCCGGUGACAGACCCGUCCAAGGGGUCAAAGAGGGGCCGAUUAUCACUGAGGAGAAACUCUGAUGGCUUUUUAGAGACAAUAGAGAAAGGGGCAGGCAAGCCUGAGGAGGACCUACUGGUGACUGUUUUUGAGAAUGGCAGCCUGGUGCUGGACUACUCUCUGGAAGAGAUCAGGAAAAACGCACGACUGAGAGACGAGGAGGUGAACCCCACCCUGCACAACCACGAGCAGGAGCUGCAUCACAAUCACAUCAUCAACGGGAGUCAUUAGAUCAGCCUUAAAGCCUCUCCCAAUGCAUAUGAUCCUUCACUUUUUAACAGGGUGCACUUAGACGAAGACUGCAGUAUUUUUGAAAGGCACCCAUCUAAGUAUAAACUGUUGAAGGGGAGAGAAGAGAUGUUUAUCACAAGACACUAACAUUUAAUAUAACAAAAUAUGAAUAUAGUAUAAUUGAUUACGUAAAUCAGGUAUGGGUUACACUUGCCGUGCUUGAUACACAAUAUUUCAGCAAUAUUUCAUAUUGCAGCACUUCUUUCUGCCUUCUGUGUUAAUGAAACACAGUUUAUGUGUUGUGCAGUACACAAAGACAUCACAGCACUGGCCAGUAAUGCAAAUUAUUCAGACCGAGCUGCACCGCAACAGAUUUGAACAAAAAAAUGUCCGUAAAGCCAUACCUGUUCUUUCUGUCGCAUGAUUUCUGAUUGCACUGGCCAGCAAAGCACAUUCUAUGAAACCUCAUGGUUAAAUAACUAAAUAUAUAUAUUUAUGAAUCAGCCAACAAUUGGUGAAAUAACUGCAGACAUUGUUGAAACUCAGCUUAUUAUAAUUAUGCAUUUUUAUUAUUAAUCAUCAGUUUUACCUGAGUUCAUUUCUUUUCAAUGCUUGACAUUUUUAUUUGAAAAUGCCCCAUCAAAAAAAGUAAUGUUCUUUUUUUAUAAUCUUAAACCUAAUCACAUCAUCACAGUCACUUGUCAUAUAUACUCCCAACCCACUCUCCUUUCAGUCCCCCUGUCUCUCUUCAGCCAAGCAGGGCAAAAAGGAGAGAAGUCACAUCAUGUCUUUGGGCUACAACACAUGCAUGGGUGAUUUCAACCUGACACAACCAGAGGCCCAGUCUCAGUCACCCUGAACCCCCAUGGGACCAACCCAUGUCACUGGGUAAUGUGUGAAUGCAAGAGGCUGUAAGGGUCCAAAAUGGUACAAAUAGAAAUGGGGACGCACAAUGCCAAAACAUGUUCAGAAUCCAAACUGUACAAUUAAAUCCACACAGGGCUUUGUUUUAAGUGAUGCAGAGCAACUUUCAAAUUCUAAGAACAUUAAACACAACCCAGAUAUGGAUGUUGUGAAAAACAAAAUGAAAACAGAAUGUAUUGAUUUACAAAUCUUGAGUUGAGAAUUGAGAACACUUUAUCCUUUGUAAAUAUAUACACUCAUUCUGAAUUAGAUUUUUUUCUUUUACACAGUGUCCCAACUUUUUUGAAUCCAGUUUGUAUAAGAAUUUUACAUUGUACAGUGAGGAAUAAUGAAAAUGCUAUGUUGCAUAUUUUGUUAUAAAUAUUCUGCAUAUGCUUUAUAUAGACAUAUUUCACAGUCCAGGCAAAUAUUUUACAUUAUGCUUAUUUACAAUUUUGGGUUUGGGACUUUUUAUUUUCCCUUUUUCACUUUGUAAUGUGCAAAAAGCGGUUGGUCCCUGAUUGGAAUGCCUUCCAGACUCUUGCCUAACUAAAUAGAUGAGAGGUAAUUGUCAGUUUAACAUUACUUGCUUUUGUCAAAACAAUGUCAUUAAGCAAAAUUGGUUAAGAAAUUUAUAGAACAAAUAAACUAGGUCUAUAAUACAGCAUAAGCUUGGAUCCAUAUGCCAGUCCUUCUUGUUUAGGAUUUCGUCAUUGGUAAGCCCAUCUUAAGAAAUGCUAUACUCUCAGCCAAUCUGCAGAAAUGUGAAUUUACGGAAAGUGUGCAGAGAGAGCUCAAAAUGUCCACAAAAGAGCCCCCAAGUGCAGACCAGAUAAUACAUGAGUGGUUCCCCGAAGACAUGAUGCCAUUUAACCCCUUGGGUUCUCCUCUUCACCCUCCUUGUAUUGGAAAAAGCUCAACAACGGCUAUCAAGUUUAGCUAGUUAGUUUCUGUUGACAGGGCAACAACGAUGCUAAGGUGAUUGUAAAUGGUCAGUGCAGUGCAAUAGGGUGCAGACAGAUGACAGCUCAUCGACAGAAGCCACGACAGAUAUAUGAGCAUGAGGGUCAAAGUUCAAUAUGCUGUGUUAUGAUGAAGUACUGUGUUCCAUUUGUAUAAAUCAUGCUACGGUAUGUACUUUGUUAGAGCAGCUUCAGUAGAUUAAAAAAAAAUAAAGUUUGGAUAUGUGAUUCGGAGCGCAGCAUAAUCCUCUGUAGCUUUUAGACCUCAUCUUAACAAUAAUGCCCAUUGCUACCUAGCUAAAUCUUUUACAAUGUGGGCCAGAUUGUGAGCUUAGAUUAUUACUCAGGAAGUGUUAGCUCCUGCAGGAGGAGUCUCUGUGUCUGUGUACUGGGUUUAUCUAGCUGCAGUUAGACCCUUUGAUUCAAAAUUACUUCACCAUUGCUGCUGCUCAAGCUAGCAGGUUCUAACUGGCUGAUUUUGGUAGAAGUUGCUGAGACUCCUUGCUCAAAAGACAGGCUCAUGUGAUUGGCUGAAAGGUGAGGUGGCCUUUGACUAUGCAUUAGUUUUAUUUUUCUAAAUUUUAAUAUUUUAGUAAUUAACACACAUGUUAUUGAUAUUGACAGAAUGCAUAGGGCUACACUGGUUUAACAUCAAAUUGUGCUUUUGAUCUUUAUGUUGAAUUUGUGACUGUUUGACUCAAAACUUGUUAGUUUCAAACAUGGUUUUUUUAAAGAUAUCCUUUGCUGUUUGGUAUAAUAUUGAUUUUUGAGCAAUGACACAUUUGUUUGUGCAGGUUAACCCCUAGAAGACAGAAUGGACACUAAAAGGUCUUUAGAUUGAAAGGAGGCAUACCAUUGUGUCCUGCUAGAAUCACUGCAUUACUCUGUAGGAAGUCUUAGAUUGGAGAAAUGCCUGUUUUGGAUGUCCUUAGAUGAAAUAAUACAAAUAGGUAGUGGUAAACUGAUUGGCUGAUGGACAUUAAAGGAAACAUUCCCUCUGAUAUUCUCCUACAUGCUGCAGCUGAAAUCACACUAUGCACUGCAUACUUAAUAUGUGUACUGUCAUUCAACAUAAUUUUGUAUCAAUAAACCAUAAGAUGUUUCAAUUCGUAUGCACUUAAGUGUAAUUACCACGUCAAUUCCUGAGAGCCUCCUUGCAAGUUGGAGACACAUAACCUUGGUAACUGGUGCUGACCUCAACUCCACCAGCUCCUCAGCAAACGUGUUGAACUUGACUUUUUGGUUUUCCUUCACUCAUCUAGGAAAAAAUUGCAGUUGAACUCAUGCAUCUCAUAUGACAGUGUUACAGAGCUGCCUUGGUCGCCCUCUUUUAGUUUAGUUUUUUUUUUUAAAAACCCACCAGAAUCAUGAUCAUCCAUAUCAGAUUUGUCACGUUUUAUUAGUAGUUUAUUAGUUAUUCAUAUUUAUGGACCAUCCUUCCAUCAACCUGCAAUUUUGACUUAAGUAAUUAGUAUUUUAUUUCCCAGAAUGCCUUUCACCAACCUACUCAAUGGGCAUUAUUGCUUUAAUUAGUUUUGCAGAGCCCUAUAAACCAGUGUGUCUAAAUGUGAAACUGUUUUAUAGUUUUCAGAUGGAUGUAGCACAUGUAAAAGUAUCACCUGCUUACCUUUCUUAAUCAUCUUCUUUUCUAAUGGAAAACAUACAAACAUUUGAAGUGGCUGGUUUAUUGAGUUUUGGGCAGGUAGCAGUGCAGGAAAAGCUGCCUACUUUAACAGCAACAAUCCAGUUACGGCAAGUAAGUUGUGCUGACUAAAAGACUAGCUUGUCUGCUGCUGUAUUUUUUAUGCAUUGAACAAACUACUACAAAGCUUUUUUUUCAGUUGAUUGUUCUUGCUCUCUUUUAAUGCCUUUUAUUCUUAUGUUCAGUGGUAUGUUCAGUUUAGGUCUAUAGGUUUUGGUCUUUGAUGAAAUAGUGACACAGUUUGCCACUAACACUGGACAACACAUGGUUUUCCUGCUUUGUAGUAUCGGCACAAAUGACAUAUGUAAUUGGAUUUUGUAAAUAUAGUUUUGAAAGUGAUUUCCUUUUAACAUAUCUGGAUCUUUUAAAUGUUCUGUAUCUUUGAUUUUGUUUGUGUGGUAAACAGCAACCUUUUUUGUAAGAUUAAAAUAACACUUUUAUACUGG